UUUACACACAAUGGCCUCUACAGUGUUCGCAUUCUAUCUCACAUGUCUUCUCUUUGGGGAUAUAGCUCAGACAACUGAUGGUAUCCAUAAAGGGGCGCGUUUUAUAUCAGCUAACGUUGGUGGCAACGUGACAUUAGAGUGUUUCUAUGGAGGUGAUGUAGCGACAAGGCUUUACUGGUAUAAACAGUCUCUGGGACAGAAACCAAGGGUCAUCUCCAAUUUCUAUCUGUAUAAAACAGAUAGCACCAUUUAUGACGAAUUCAAAAACAAUCCACGCUUCCAACUGGAUUCUGACCGCAAUAAAAAUCAUUUGACUAUCACAGAUUUGCGCGCUUCAGACUCGGGAACUUACUUCUGCUUAAAUUCCCAUUUAUACAUGAUAAACUUUUCAGAGAGCAUUACCAUCAGUGUGGAGGGUUCAGGUUUGAACUUCCAGACUUCAGUGCAACAGUCAGCGUAUGAUGCCAUCCAGCCAGGAGGACCCGUCAAUCUGAGCUGUAGGGUACAGACUGAGAUCUGCGAUGGAAAACACAGCGUUUACUGGUACAGAAGCGAAGAAGAUUCUCACCCAGGACUUAUUUACAAUCAUGGAGACAGAGGUGAUCAGUGUGAGAGGGAACCCAACAAAACACAAACCUGUGUCUACACCCUGCCUGUGAAUUACUCAAGUGCCACUCGUGCUGGGAUCUACUACUGUGCUGUUGCCUCCUGCGGACGCAUUUUGUUUGGAAGUGGGACCAAGAUCGUCAUUGAUGGCUCUGCAGAUGACGUGAACUUUGCUGCUUCUUUCUGGAGAGGAGCCUUUGCAUUCACCUCCUUUCUGAGUGUUUUAAUGGCUUUUUCAGUGUGUCUGAUGAGCAGGAAGAGCAGCUGCAAAUCUUCAGAGUCUCAAGCCACAUUAUCACCCACAGCAGAUGAAAAGGGUCUCCAACAUGGGGAAAGCAUCUAUUAUGCUGCUGUAAGCGCCAACCUGACCAACAGAUCCAGAAGCCAGAGGGAUCACAUCUGGAGCGACUGCGUGUACUACAAUUUAAAACUGUAGAACUCUAUCGCUAUUUAAUGUGUUUUGAAAAAGACAGGAUUUUUUUUAUGGCACCGUAAAACGGGGCUAUAAGGGACAGCGGGGUAAUAAGGGACAUUUUUCCGGAAAAUGUUUUAAAUGUAAUUCUGCGGUUUUUAUGUUGAGCAGGAUGCGGUUUUGUGUUGUUUUCAUCAAUUAUCCAUGAAUUCUUAAAGAAAUCCAGGUAAAAACCACAGAAUUACAUUUAAAACAUUUUCCGGAAAAGUGUCCCUUAUUGCUCCGCUGUCCCUUAUAGCCCCGUUUUACGGUACUUAAUUCAGAAUCAGUUUGAAAAAAAUCUGUUAUAUAUAGCUUCUUUGUGGUCUGCAGCUGAAAUAUAUAUCUCCCCUUUCAUUAUAUGAUUCAGGAUAUUAUAAUGUAGACUCAAAUACUCAUGUUUAGGAUCUGUUUUGUCUGUAGGAUCUCAAGUCUGCAACGUUGCCAUAAUGUUAUUGUUGUCGAGUGAAUUUUGUUACCAAAUCAGUGCAUUUUGAAGGUUAAAUGAGGAUCCUCACUGAGGAUGAAGAUUGUGUUUUAACCUCAUUGUAUCUCAACAGAAACAUGUAUGUAUUUUUGAACGUGAGCUUAAAGUCGCUGAAGAUCAAUAAAUAUAAUGAAAAUUG